AUGAAUCGAAGUCUUCGCUCACGGCUGUCCUUGACGAAGCCGGGCUUCUCUGGUAUUACUCUUGCGUUUCUUUUAACUUCUAAUUUUAUACUCUUUCCUCUAAAUUACUGUAGUAAAAAUCUAAAACUAAUCCAACCUUUUGAACUUAAUUUUAACUAUGAGCAGAAAAUGCGCGCACUUUUAAAGUUGCGCGAAGCUUCGGACGUGAUUUAUGCUGAUGAAAAAGAUUUUGUUGCAAUUGGUAUGACGCGUCCGGAACAGAAACGUUUACGUGCAGCAUAUUACAGGUUGUACCCUCGUGCCACCAUCAUGGGUAAACUGAAAAAGAAAUUUUUGGGAACACCAAGUACGUUUUUACGAAUUUACAAUAAUGAUGAUCAGCACGUAAUACCUUUGGAGAGGAUUGAAUUGAAUAAAGAACUUGGUAAAGGAGAAUUCGGGUCGGUCUAUCAAGCAGUUUGGAACAGUAGUAGUGGCGAAAGGAUCCAGGUUGCUGUAAAAUGUGUUUCCCCUUUGAAGAUGCUAGCAAAUUCAAGCAAUUUUCUCCAGGAAGCAGCUAUUAUGCAUAAAAUGAGGCAUGACUUUGUCGUGCGCCUAUAUGGCGUCGUACUUGACACCAAAACUGUUAUGCUGGUUUCUGAACUAGCGCCCUGUGGUUCGUUGCUAGAAUGCUUACGAAAUCCAAGUUUAAAGGAAACAUUUUUCAUUGACACUCUUUGCGAGUUUUGCAGUCAAAUUGCAUCAGGCAUGAAAUAUCUAGCCAGUAAACGACUUAUUCAUCGUGAUCUUGCGGCGCGGAAUAUUCUCGUUUUUUCACCAAACAAAGUGAAAAUUGCUGAUUUCGGCUUGAGUCGAUUGCUUGGUGUAGGUGAGUAUUAUUAUCGAGGAGAUUUGACUGAAGGAAUGAAGCUACCUAUUGCAUGGUGUGCUCCAGAAAGCAUAAAUUUUUUGAGGUUUACUUCAGCCAGUGAUGUUUGGUCAUUUGGUGUAACUUUGUUUGAACUGUUUUCGUAUGGCCAAACACCAUGGGCCGGCUUAACGGGUACUGAGAUUUUAUGUGCAGUUGACUGUACUCGCAAUGAACGUCUACCAUGUCCAGAAUUAUGUCCUUCUGAUUAUUAUAAACUGAUGCAUCAGUGUUGGGCUUACAAACCUGAAGAUCGACCCACUUUUAGUGAAAUUUUGGAACAGUUGAAUGAUAUUUCUCCUCAGUCAGUCCUCACUGUUGCGGUCUGUGAUGACGGUGUUAUUGAUCAUCUGCAGUAUGCCACUAAAGAAGUGAUUGUGGUUCUGGAUAAGCAACCCUCAGCAUAUCCCGAUGGAUAUUAUUGGAUGGGAUGUACUCGCGAUGGUCGGAAAGGUCUUUUUCGUCCAGCAAAUACUGUGGCGCGUUUGGGAGCUGAAAAUCCUUGUGGAAACUCGUUUAGUAUUGAUAACAUGUUGCGGAAUGGGAACUCAAAUGAUAAAAGUGAGAGAGAAAAAGAUAAGAAAAAAAAGAAAAAGGUGGUAAUCAGCGAACCUCAGAACGACUUACGGCAUACUUGUCAUAUUGGUAUUGAUGGAUCGUCUUUUGGAGUAUUACCAGUACCGGUAUCGUGUUUUGCAUUGGGCCUGCAAUUUCUUUUUGUUGGUCGAGAACAUAAAAAGGCAACCAAGAUACUUAAUCAAGAACGCAGUAAGGAAAUGGAUUUACUGAAUCAUUUAUCCUCAAGUGGCAAAGAAGAAAACGAAAAGCUUUCUAGAAGUUUCAGGUACUUCUGUAGCCAAAAGCUUACAAUGUUUUUCUUUUUUUUUUAA